AUGAGCGAGCAGUAUACCGUGGGUAUCAUCUGCGCCCUCGCGCUUGAGGCGACAGCCGUCGUCGCAAUGCUAGACGAAGUCUACAAUGACAUGAUUGAACAAGACCAAAAUGACCAUAAUUCUUAUCGGUAUGGUCGCCUAAACCAUCACAAAGUUGCCAUAGCAAGUCUUGGUUCCGGAGUAUACGGUACCAACUCUGCGGCCGUGGUGGCAACGGACAUGAAGCGAACAUUCAAGAAUUUGAGAUUCGGACUGAUGGUUGGCAUUGGAGGUGCUGCCCCCGUGCCUAGCUCAGAAGAACAAGAUAUUCGUCUCGGCGACGUGGUGGUUAGCAAACCCACAGGGACCUACGGGGGUGUUGUACAGUUCGACUAUGGCAAAACCACUCAAGAAGAUGGACUUGUCCUGAAAGGCAGUCUACCAUCCCCUCCAUACGCUUUACUCACUGCCCUCAGCAGGCUAGAAGCCGAUCAGGAGCUUGGGGAGUGUGGAAUCACAGACUCUUUGUCCGCCAUGUUUGAGAAGCGACCUGCUAUGGAAAAGCGAUAUGGAUACCCCGGUGCCGAAAACGAUGUCUUGUACGAUGCAGAAUACGUACAUCCCAAGCUCGAAAGAACGUGCGAAUCAUGUGAAAUCUCCAAACAGGUUUCGCGAGGAACACGGGGCUCUUCUGAGCCUUGGGUAUUCUUCGGUACUAUUGGUUCAAGCAAUACGGUGAUGAAGGAUGCUAUUACGAGGGAUCGGCUUCGAGAUGAUCUCGGCGUCUUGUGCUUUGAAAUGGAAGCGGCAGGCCUGUUCGAUUUCCCUUCCAUUGUCAUCCGAGGUGUGAGUGACUAUUCAGACUCACACAAAAAUGAUCGAUGGCAGAGGUACGCUGCAGCUACGGCGGCAGCAUGCGCCAAAACACUGCUUGGGUAUAUUACUCCGGCAACUGUGUUCAAACAGCAGACAAUCACUGAACUAAUCGAAAUCGAGAGCAAGAAGACCAGGGAUAUGAUGGAAGCCAAUCGCGAAAAUGACCAGAGAACAAAGUGCCAUCAAUUCUUUGACGUUCUUCCCUAUCAAACAUACAAGAACGUCAAUCCGGACAGAGAAGCACAGACCUGUCGGUGGGUGUUUGAUCAUCCUCGAUACAACGAUUGGAUCUCUUCCUCGCAAGACAACCUGCUAUGGAUCUCUGCAGAUCCAGGAUGUGGCAAAUCUGUGCUAGCUAAAGCUCUUGUGGACGAAGUCAUCCCAAGAGAUUUCACAAUUUGCUAUUUCUUCUUCAAAGACAACGAGCACCAAGAGGAUAUCUCCAUGUCACUCUGUUGCCUCCUACACCAACUCUUUAGCCAGAUCCCGCAACUUUUGUCUCAUGCUGUUCCCAUCUGGCAGCAGAGGAAAGAAACACUCAAGAAAGACCCUGAUGAACUUUGGUCACUUUUUAUCAAAGCCGCAACCGACUUGGGAGCUGGUAAUGUUGUGGUUGUCUUCGACGCCCUGGACGAAUGCUCGGAAAAGGGUAGACAGCAACUUAUAAGGCGUCUCAAAGCCUUCUACUCUAAGGCUAUACAAGAAACUCCGCGGAAGGCCAAUUUGAAAUUUUUUUUGACUAGUCGACCGUACUUCGAUAUCGAAAGUGAAUUCAAAAAAGAGAUUCACUUGCCAGCAAUUCAUCUCGCCGGAGAAGCGGAAAGCAAUCAAGUCAAAGCUGAAAUCGAUGUUGUGAUCAAAUCGAAGAUGCGGGCUCUGAUGGAGAAAUUGGGGCUUGACGAGGAGAUCAGAGGUAGCAUUGAAACAAAAGUUCUCUCCAUGGAAAACCGAACAUACCUUUGGAUUAACCUCUUCAUGGAUGAUUUGGAAUACCGAGUCAAGCGAGGGGAGAAGCUCCGGGCUCGAAAUCUCGAGCAGCUGCCUUUGACCGUCGAGGCAGCCUAUGAGAAGCUACUUGAUCGGCACACAAGCGACUUCCGUAGCCGCCGUGACGCUCUGCUCCUGCUCCACCUUAUCGUUGGGGCAAAAAGACCCUUGACUGUGAAGGAGAUGGACGUGGCCUUCAAUCUAGCUCUGGAAAGCCCAGAAGAUACUUUGGUGUAUGAAAUUGACCGUGAAUUCCUCGACGGAGAUCGGCUUGUGACGAGGAUUCGAGCCCUUUGCGGCCUUUUUGUGACUAUCGUCGACAAUCGAAUCUAUCUCAUUCACCAGACAGCCAAAGACUUUCUGCUAAACAGAAACACCCACAUUGAGAAUCUUUCCGAUGUUCUUAUGAAAGAACAAGACACUGUUCAAAGCGCGAAUGCGAAAUGCUGGAAAGCAUCCAUUCACUCUUCACUAUACAAUUCUUUGUGGGCACGCAUUACAACCUCAUGUUUAUUGAUUCUUGACUUUGAGUCCAAUGUUCUGAUUACGGUCCACGGAGACCGCGGCCAAGUUCAAGUGUUGUUCAGAUACUCUGCAAUGUACUGGGGUGACUACUUUCUGAAUUCGUCGAGCUCGAGACAGCGUUCACUCCAGUCCCACGCGCUUCGCCUGUACAAAGCCGCCGAAAGUGGCUCUAGCAUGUGGUUUGAUGUCUACCACCGAGCUCAUCUGAAGUGGCUUAAAUUGGAUAGCCGACCGACCUCGCUGACUAUCGCUUGUCUUCUGGGCCACUCACAUUGCGUGGAGUUGAUGCUUCCUCAACGAGAGCGCACUACAUCAACCAGCCUUGAGUGGAGCCUUGGCUCAGACCAACUGGAUCCUAUCAUGGCAUCCAUACGAGCAGGUCAUCUAGAAGUAGUCAAGCUUCUUUUAGAUCGCGAAAAGGUCCAACUUGGAAGUGAACUUUGCGGACUCGCUAUUUUGGUAUCAUCUGUUCACGGCCAUAACACCAUACUCGAAACACUUUUGGAUCUCGAAGAGUACACUGAAAACAAGAAUUACCCACAGGACCAAUCCUUUACCGACAUUCUUCAAUUCACUCUCACCACUGUUUCCAUGCUUGGGUUCGUAGAAGCUAUGAAGCUUCUCGCUGCAAACAACACCAUCUUCCAUCCAAUUUUUGAUCAAGUCAUUGAUGCAGCUGUAGCCCACAAUAGACAAGAAGUCUUUUGGGUCGCAAUGAAUAAAGAGCAAAAUCCUCCCAAGUCCGAAAAAGAGAAGCAAGAGAUUCUCAAUUAUGCAUUGCGGAUGGCAUUAUAUUGCGAUAACAUCAGUUUUGGAAGACAACUCUUAAAAAAAGGUGCAUCCCCCGAUGGAAACAUCUCUUCUCGCUCGUUCCAUCAGAACAGUCUGGCACGGAAGGUCUCUGCGUUAAUAUAUCAUUCCAAAGGUCAGGAACUCUUCUCGACAUUACACGUGUGCGUACUCGCAGAGGCAAUGAAAAUUACCGGAGCACUUAUGCUUCAAAAGAUCUUCCAAACCAUCGUACAGGCCAAAAUUCUUCCGCUGAUGAACGCGGCUCUGAUGGGGAAGAUAGAGAUUGUCUCUCUCCUCGUUGAGCAUGGUGCCAACAUCAACACAAUUUCGAAAAUAAAGCUACCGUCGUUAAACCAUACGACCGCAUUAGGGAUCGCGCUUGAUAAGAAUCAUCGCGAAAUCGCUAUGCUACUUGUAAAGAGAGGAGCACGUGUUCAGCAGCACCUCCCAUUCAACAAGAAAACUCUUCAAUUGAAUUUCAAAUCUGUGAUAAUGGAGCUGCUGCAAGAUGGCUUCAGCGUAGACAGUGCCGGAAGAGAUGUCUACAUCGAAGCCAUACGCACAGCAGAGCAUCUCCAUUGCCAGGAUCUCCUCGCCAAUCUUCGGCAGUAUGAGCCUUCUCUCACCGACGUGGAUGUCGGCAAGGGUAUUCCAAAUCGAGGUUUUGGCCUAGCCAGAGACUCGCGGGAAGAACGCGAGUUUCAACGACUCAUGGAAAAGUUUACAGUAUCACAUGCCGGCGGCCACCAAGAUAUUUUACCUGAUAAUGCCACACUAGCUGAUCACGCCAAUGUACAUAAGCACUGUGAUCUCGGUUCUUUGAUCGAUAAAGGCCUCGAUAUAAACGGACGCGGGAAGCAUUUUGAUAAAAUUGCACUCCACUGGGCAGCAGAGAGGAACCAGAAAGACCGCGUUGUCAUGUUGCUUGAAAGAGGGAGUGAUCCCAAUACUCUUGAUUAUUUUGGGCAGACACCUUUGCACUAUUCGGCGGAAAACGGAUAUGAAGAGGUUACGCGCCUGCUUCUUCCUGUGACGGAUGCUUUGAUUGUUGAUAGGAAGGGUCGGACUGCGUUAAACUGUGCGAGAGUCAAUGGUCAUACGAAUGUGGCGCAAAUGCUUGUUCCUCUCUACUCUACGGGUAGGAGGGAAAAGACUCUCUCGUACUGUAUGAAAAAAGGAGGAUACAGUGCAUAG